UUUUCAUACGUAUAUAUCAUUCCUCUGCCGGUAGGGUCUGCCGACGUGAAUUGAUAGAAACGGCUUGGAGCGACCGAGGACGACUAAGACAUCAUCUCGUUUUAAGUGGUGAUUGUAUAUACCUUCAUCUAAUCAUUUAUCCUGUCUCCAAAUCAGUCCAACAGGGACACUUUCUUCAUACGAUACCGUCCAAUUCACCGACUAGCAUAAUACCAAACGUCGACUCUCACCAUGACAAAACCAAAGAUUCUUCUCCUUGGAGAACUCGACCAUGCACAUAAACAAUGGGAUUCUCUCAGCGAACUCGGCGAACUGAUAACACCCAGCUCCACCAACCGAGCCGACUUCAUUGCAGAAUGCCAAUCCGGAGCCCUCGACGGCGUGGUCGCCGCAUAUCGAACGUUUGUUAGCGUCAAAAUCACUGGACUAUUCGACUCAGAACUGAUCAACGCCCUGCCCCGAUCAUGGAAAUACCUUGCCCAUUGCGGUGCUGGUUACGAUCAGAUUGACGCUGAGGCAUGUUCAGCACGCGACCCACCACUGCUAGUGUCCAAUGUACCCUCAGCACCCGAUGAUGCUACUGCUGACACGGCUAUUUUCCUCAUGUUGGGAGCCCUACGUAACUUCAAUCCAUCCAUGGUAGCUCUGCGCCAGGGAACAUGGCGAGGAGCUCCUCCUCCAGCGCUGGGUCAUGAUCCUCAGGGAAAAGUGCUCGGUAUUCUCGGUAUGGGAGGUAUUGGCCGGAACAUGAAGAAAAAGGCCGAGGUAUUUGGCAUGUCGACGAUUUACCACAAUCGUCGACGGUUAGAUGAUGUUCAAUCUGCCGGUGCUGAGUAUGUCUCAUUUGAGGACUUGCUGAAACGUAGCGACGUUCUCAGUCUGAAUCUGCCUUUGAAUCCUAAGACGAGACACAUCAUAUCCACGGAGCAGUUCAAGUUGAUGAAACCAACUGCUGUCGUUGUCAACACAGCUAGAGGUGCAGUCAUCGAUGAGGCUGCUUUGGUGGAUGCGUUGGAUCGUGGUCUUAUCGCCGGUGCUGGUCUCGAUGUCUUUGAGAAGGAACCUGAAAUCCAUCCGGGUCUGCUCAAAAAUGACAAAGUCAUGCUUCUUCCUCAUAUGGGUACCUGGACAAGUGAGACGCAGGAGAAGAUGGAAGAGUGGGCCAUCAAUAACAUUCGAGCGGCUCUUCAGACCGGAAAGCUCAACUCGCCUAUUUUCGAACAGCAAUAGACUGUAUGUUGGAAUAGAGAUCAUCUCAUUGCAUAACCAAAGAUUUCCAUUAUGCGCUAUGGUCCAGAUUGCUUCGGGUGAUCAAUUUCCCAUCAGGCUUGGUUUGAUCGUGAUUGAAUUCAUGCUUGGUAUCAAGACAAGCGAAGAAUGCCAUUCGAAUGGAGUUUGUCC